AUGGCGGGCCGGCGAGAGGACGUGUUAGCCCAGCUGAGGGCCGACGCAUUUGAGCGCGACGUCGCCCAGCGGUGGCUCUCGGGUUUUCUCGGUCGCGCGGAGAUGUUGCUUUGCGAUUUCGAGGACGAUGUGCGACAGUACGCUAUCGAUGAAGCGGCCUGUAUCAUGGAAGCCAUGUUCGCUCCUAGCCCGUCGGAGGACCUUUCGGACGGCGUCGAGGAUGAAUUUGCGCACGAGUUCGCUUUUAGCUUGACGACUCCGUGCGGUAAGGAAACCGUGCAGACGCCCAUCGAAAUCAAGCUCUACGACAGACUAGCGGGGAAGAGCAGCGAAGAUCCCGACGACGUCGGCCUGCAAAUCUGGGGCGCCUCCAUCAUCUUCUCCCGCCUCCUCUGCGCGGACCCCGCCCGGUUCGGCCUCUCCACGAAGAAACAACCAGGAAGCGCGACCGAAGCCCCGCGCAUCAUCGAGCUCGGUGCCGGCACAGGACUCAUGAGCCUCGUUCUCGGCGCCGCGCUGCCACACCUCGGUUUACCGAAUGCCCAGGUCAUCUCGACUGACUACCACCCGCAGGUCCUAGACAACCUACAGCGCAACAUCCGCAGCAACGGUCUCGCGGUAGACACAGCUCUACUAGACUGGUCGUGCCCCACUUUCGACGCGCCUCUAGACAAGCCGGCCAACGUGCUGAUCGCGGCAGACGUGGUGUACGGGCCGGAGCACGCGAUCCUACUCCGAGACUGCGCCGCGCGGUUCCUGGCGCCCCGGGGCGUGUUUUGGAUGCUCACGACGAUUCGGGAGGAUGGCAAGUUCACGGGCGUCAAGCCACCGUCCAGGCUGCCUUUGCGGCGGACGACUGCCCUGUCAAUGAGGAAGGCCGUGUCUUGA